UGAGGCGCUCGGGCCACCCACACCAAAUUUUAGUUCUGCCAAUUAGUUACCAGUUAACCACAUAAGGGCUCUGCAGCCUCUACUGCAGCCUCUGCUUACUUUAGUCCGUACUUAUUUUUCAUUUUUGUUCUUUUCGUGUGACCCCGCCUUGGAACCAUCAAGUAAAUUUUCUCAUCUCGACAAUGGAAGCAAUUCAAAUACUUUCCGACCUUCACUUGGAGGCUUAUAAUACAUAUGACGACUUUAAGAUCACUCCUCAUGCGCCGUAUCUCGCCUUGCUGGGUGAUAUCGGUUGUGUUAAGAAGCACGAAGAACGCUUUCUCGCAUUCUUGAAAAGACAGCUCACCAACUUUAGCGUUGUGUUUUUCCUAUUAGGUAAUCAUGAGCCUUAUUAUUCAAGCUGGGAGUGUACCAAGCAAGUUAUACUCCGUUUCGAACAACAAGUACGUCGAGAGCGAGAAACCCAGUCCUAUAUUGGCGAGUUCGUCUUUCUCGACAAGAGAAGAUAUGAUAUCGAUAAUGGAGCCGAUUUGACAAUCUUGGGUUGCACACUCUUUUCUAAGGUCCCCUCGGAUUCUACAGAUGACGUUAGUUUUGGCUUGAACGACUUCUACCAUAUCGAAAACUGGACGGUUGAACAACAUAGCGCAGAGCAUGAUGGCGAGCUUGAAUGGUUAAACAAUCAUGUUGAAGAAAUACACGGUUCUGGGAGAAAAAUCGUCAUUUUCACACACCAUAGUCCAACGCGGGAUGAAAGGAGUGUAGAAGCACAGCACCGCCAAAGCAAAAGGUCCGCCGGGUUUUCGACCGAUCUCAGCGAUCAGUAUUGCUGGCGUAGUAACGACGUGAAACUUUGGGCAUUUGGGCAUACUCAUUAUAACUGCGACUAUGUAGACACAGAAACUAACAAGAGGGUUUAUACAAACCAGAAAGGGUACCUGGGCAGCUCACACGGGUUUAAUGUUAAUAGAGUAAUUUGUUUAUGAGUUUGCACCAUAGAAAAUAGGAGCAUAAUCACUAUCUAACAAGUUAAAGUCCAAAUAUAAGCUCAAAUAUAAUAAAACAUAUGC